AUGAUAAGCAAAGGUAUACAAACAAAUACACAUCAUCAUCAUCAACAACAAACCGUACAAGAAAAAUCUUCACCUCCACCGAAAACAGUUCCUACUACUGUAUCUACUGAUGUAUCUACUACAGAUACAUCAAAAUCUUUGUGGCGUAUGUUUAGUGAUGACUGGCUACCCACAACGAUUGUGCCCUCAAAUAUUUUGGGCGUACCUGUUGUCGAUAUACAGAGUGAUUUGAGGGAGGGUACAACACAAAUUUCUGAGUUUUUUUCGGGCCUAUUCGGUAGUAAUACUAAAGAAGCCUCACCAAAACGUUCGCUUCCCACUACUACUACAACAGCUAAUCUAUCAGCAGCAUCAUCGUCUACAACAAGUUCUAUAAAACGUAGUUCAACAAAUGAUCAAAUUACACCUUCAGUCAGUACAAAUGAGAAUCUCUCAUCAGAACAAUCGACAGAAGACAACUCUAUGAUUUUGAAGCAAUCAUCAUCAGUACGUCGUAAUAGUGAUGAUAACAAUCGUUUUCAAGCAUAUGGUUGGAGUAUAUCAUCAAAAAAUCAAUUGAAAGUAGCUGAUGUUGAUGGUAAAACUCAAGUUAAUGUUCCUAUACCAGUCUAUUGUCGACCAGUAUUUAAUACUAAUGAUUCAACACAAAUUUGGUGUGCUGUUGGUAUUGAUCUUAGUGGAUUAUCAUUUGAUACUAAUGAAACAUCCGUUGAUCAAUUAAAUAAACAAUUAAUUGAAUCCUAUCAUCAAAUGAUUGAUGAACAAUGUCUAAAAUUAUCAUCAAUUAUUUGGUUAGCUUCAAAAUUGAAUGAUAAAGCUAUAAUUACAAUUAUUGAUUCAAAUAAAGCAGAAAAAGUGAUUGAUACAUUUCCGAUAGGAAAUGCUAUUAUUUAUGCCAUGGGUAGCGUUCCAGGUGCAUCAACUACAGAUUAUCCACCAAUUGAUGAUUCGAAAUUGAAUGAAACUGUAUCCACGAGUGAUGUGAAAGUAAUAGCUUGUACAGCAGCUUCACUUGCUACUGGUGGAAGUCGUCCGAAUGUUAGUGAAACAUUGGAUCAAGUACCACCAGAUGUAUUGAAUCAAAAUGCUAAUGAAAAUAAAACAAAAUAUCCAACCGUUUGGUUAGGUUCAAGUGAUGGAUGGUUAUAUAUUCAUUCGAGUGUGAAUGAACAUCGUAUAGCUAUUGGAAAAGUUUGGCUUCGUCAUGCAAUUUAUAGCAUUGUGCAUAUUCGUGGUCGUGUUUUUGUUGCAUUAGCGAAUGAAAGAAUCAUUGUAUUUCAUCGUAAUAUAGAUGGUACAUGGAAUUUAAAUAAUCUUCAUUUAAUUGUAACUGGUAAAAGCCGAGAAUCAGUUCGAUGUGCUAUCAAUGUUGAAGAAUCUAUCUGGUGUGGUGUUGCUAAUCGUGUUUAUGUUAUUAAAGUUCAAACAUUAGAAAUUCAAAAACAAUUUGAAGUUCAUUCUCGUUCCGAACAUUCUGUUCAACAUAUGACUUGGUCUGGUGUUGGUGUUUGGUUAUCUGUUCGUUUAUCUAGUACUUUACAAUUAUAUCAUGCGCAAACAUUUGAACAUUUACAAGAUGUUGAUAUACAACCAUAUGUUGAAAAAAUGAUUGUGACAGAAAAAAAGGGUCUUUAUUUUGUUCAUAUAAGUGCUUUGACAAUUGCUUGUCGUCGUCUAUGGAUUGGUACGGGAAAUGGAAUUAUUAUAUCAGUUCCUUUAGCAGACAGUAUUAUGUCAUCUUCUACUUCAGCAUCGACAAAGCCUGGUUCAGUUGUUCGUGUUUCUGAUCAAGCAUCAUCUUCAAAUUAUAUUCCAUAUUGUAGUAUGAAUAAUGCUCAAUUAUCAUUCCAUGGCUUUCGAGAUGCUGUCAAAUUUUUUGUCGCUGUACCUGGACAAGCACCGUCUGAAAUACUUCUCAAUGAUGAGAAACCUUCUGAAGCUUUAACAUCGAUAUCAUCAUCUUCACCUUUUGGUGAUAUUCUUGUUGUAAGCGGUGGAGAUGGAUACAUUGAUUUUCGUCUUGGAAAUACGACAACAGAGAAUACUAAUAGAAAUACAUCUUAUCUUACUGUUUGGCAUUUGGGUUCGGCUUAA